CUCUGUUUGUGAGAUUGCUAAAUACUGUAUUUAGUUCUAUGUCUGGAUAGACUGGAUUGGUGAUACUGUUACCAUUAUCUAAUCUUGGAUUUCGUUAUCUUUAGCUUUUAAAACGGGGACACUCCGACUAGAUGUUAGGUAUUGUAAGGACAAUCAUUCACGCCCCAUAUUCAUUUGUUAUUGUACGUGCCAUGUCUGACAUCUCUUCACUGAGGCAUCCGUAUCAUGAGAAGGAAGGCCAUUUUGACGUGAAUAAUUUGCAUUCAAGAAAUCCUUUCAAACAAUUUGAAAAAUGGUUUCAAGAAGCAAGAGAUGUUGAACAAAUUUUAGAGCCAAAUGCAAUGUCUGUAGCAACUGCAUCGAAAUCAGGCGUGCCUUCUGUUCGCAUAGUGCUCAUGAAAGCUUUCAGUGAAGAACGGGGAAUCACAUUUUAUACUAAUUAUGGGAGCAGAAAGGCCAAAGAACUGGAUGAAAACCCAAAUUGUAGCUUGAUGUUUUAUUGGGAACCACUCAGAAGAUCAGUCAGGAUAGAAGGCAGGGUGGUCAAGGCAUCAAAAUCAGACAGCGAGGAAUAUUUCCAUUCAAGACCCAGAGAUAGCCAAAUCAGUGCAUGUGUCAGCAAUCAAAGUCAAGUGAUUCCUAACAGAGCAUAUUUGGAUGAUAAACAUGUCAAAAUUCAAAAGAAAGUUGGAGAUGAUAAGCCUAUUCAGAUGCCUGAUUACUGGGGUGGAUAUGAUAUAAAGGCAAGUAUUUUUGAGUUCUGGCAGGGGCAAACAAACAGACUACAUGAUCGAAUUGUAUUUCGGAGACCUCUUGCGGAGGAGAAAAUAAAUGCUGACACUACUGCUGUUGGAGAAAAUGGAUGGGUCAUUGAAAGAUUGUCAUCUUAAAAAAUUAUAAACAAUGCUACUUGCUCUGCUAGCUGGUUUACAGAUCAGUGUUUCAGGUCCUCAAAAAGUUUUCACCAUUAAAUUCUUAAAAAAUUUCAAUAAUAUAUUCAUAAUAACCUUAUAGACUGGACAACCGAUAGUUAUCAAAAAUCCUAGUACAGACAUAUACACGAUGUUUGAUCAAAUUUUUCUCAUAUUUUGCAACCGAUCAAAUCUAAACAUGCCCAAUAUGUAAUCAGUAGUCAAAUCUAAAAAACAAAAGAAUUUUGUACCAAUCAGCCUUUUCACUUUGACCUACAAAUAAGGCAGUCUAUAAGAUUGUGUUAAAAGCUUUUAAUUUCAUGAACAUUUUUGGAAAUUAUUAUUUGUAAACAAGCUGUUGAAUAUUGUAUGAACAAUAAUUUAUGGCCUUUUUUUCCCCCUAGAUGUGCUCAAAGGAAUAAAGGAUGUUUUAAUUGUUCAAAAUCAAUGUGUAAAUUUGUGAUUAUGAAUCUAUGAAGUUGUUUUGACUUCUCUAUUAGAAGCCUGGAUUUUAAAUAUUUUUAAAACUACAAGUUAUUUUUUAAUACAAUACUUUUAGAUACCAAAAUGUACAUUAUAUAACUUUAUAUUUUGCAAUCAUGUUGAACGUCUCGAUGCGUUAUUUUAGCGAUAUAGGAAUCAAUUGCAGAUUACACUAUAGUAUUUUGAAAGAUGCAACUCCAAGAUCAAUAUCUGUCCAAUAAUAGUGCAAUUCCAUUCAUUCAGUAUUUACAGAGGUAUGUGGAAUUCAAAUUUCAUCGACCUAUACUGUUCGCUACUGUAUGUAAUAAGCCUGCCACAUUUAUAAUUGUUGUCAGUGAAAAUGCAAAUGACACCUCCUUACUUUAAUCCAGCCAGAACAGAUAUAAUCUAAUAAUAUCUUUUAUAUAAAUUUGCUUAGAUCCAAAGCAGUGGUAGUGCCUGGAAAAUCUAGCAUGUCAGGAUAUUCUACCAGGUGGGGGUGGGGCUCUUACAGGAAAUUUUCACAGAUUCCUGGAGAAAUAUGUGAUUUAAAGUAUUACAUGGAUGGAGAAAACAAUAAACAUAAAUGAUUCCAUCUUGGCAUCGAUCAAAAAGGGGGACAAUUGGUUUAUGGUGCUUGGAUGUGUCUAGGAGAGUACAACCAUUGUAUAGGCUUUCAUUUUGACUUUGUCUUUUGUAUUAUAAUCACACAAACAUUUAAUUCUCAAUCUUUAUUUUUAUACUUAAAAUGAUUUUUCUAGUCUCAGGAAUAAGUGAAUAAGGGUUUAUAGUCAUUUUUUUAUUUAUCUUUUCAUCAUCUGAUUGUUUUGAAAUAUGUAGAAGCGUAUUUAAUUUCAAUAAAUUGUUAAUUUCUUCUGGGGUUA